AUGGAAGUAGACCUAUUCCGCUUAUUGUCAGUAGAUCAACUUCAAAAGGCUGUAGACGAUCAUGAGCAUGAAUUGUUGACCAAUUUUGGUCGAUUUUUGGCUGCUUUCUUUUCGAAUCUACCAAUUUUAUGUCCGAUAAAGAAUGACAUUGAGUUUCCAUCGCUUUGGAAGUUGGUUUUGUGGAAAGAAAGUGAUUACGGUAGGCUUUGUGUAGUACGAAUUUAUUAAAUAUUUUUUUAAUCUUAAUUUGAAGGCUAGCCUUAGUUCCAUCCUUAGCCCAGCCUCAGUCUUAUUCUUAGACCAGAGCCCUAGCCCUAGCCCAGAGCCUUAGUCAGAGCCCUAGCCCAGAGCCCUAGCCUAGAGCCCUAGGCCUAACACUAAUCCUAAAUUCUCUAGAGCCUUAACUCAGAGCCCUAGCUUUAGCCAGGAUGUCUUGUUUUAGCCCAAACCUUACUCUUAGCCUUAGUCUAGUGUCUUAGCCUUGAGCUUUAGCUUAGAGCCUUAGCUUAGAGUCCUAGCUUUUAAGCCUUAAAAGGUCUUAGCUCUAGUUCUUUUGUUAAUUCUAAUCCUAGUUUGUCUUAGCCUUAGACCUGGCGCUAGCUUUAAGCUUUCUCUAACCCUAACUCUACUCUUAUUCUUCUCUUAACCCUUUUGUACCCCUACUCUCUAAUCCAACUUCUAAAUUUCAGACCAGGCUCUCUACAAAAAGCUAACUCCAGAAUAUGUGUCAUCCAACAUACCACCCACUUACUCUGCUUCUCUACCUGUUCAGCUCUUCUUGAUCACUAAUAACUUAACUGAAGCUUGCUUAUACGUUGACCAUUUCAAUGACAUACGAUCUCAGAUACUAUUACGGGUACUAUCUGAUCUACAAUACGGGUUACGGCUUACUGAGCAACAUGUUACACAGGUUUUUGUUUCUGACUUUAUUGGUCGGUUGAGCUACGGUAUGGUGAACGGUAGGGGGUACGGUAGUGGAUACGGUGGUGAGUACGGCAGAGGGUACGGUAAAGAGUAUGGUAAUGGGUACGAUAGGCCAAGCAAUCAAGUUCACGAUGAACAAAAUGGUACUAAUGGUACUAAAAAUGUUUUUAAUGACUACAAUGACUCUACCUCAUCUGUUACCUACAACAACAUUAAUAUAACCGUCCAUACCGUCAUGUCAGAUGACCAAAUUAAAACCCAUGUUGAUGUAUAUACAAGACUAUCUAUCAUGCUCAACAUUUCAUGGACAUACGACUUACUACAGUACCUACAGUCAGCCUUACAGUACGUCAUAGACGGUCUACCUGAAACAGUAGAUGACCAAGUUCAACUCCCACGCCCUCCAGUAUACGUACUACCAGCUCAGGAUGAUGAAAACAUACCUGAACUAGUUCAAACCAACAUUAUGUACCAGUUGAUACGAGUCUAUCUUACCGUAUUACAACGCUGUAAUUGGCUAAAGUCUGUGGCCGGGACCUUGAUGAGUAACAUCUGGAAGUACAACCUUAACUUUAGUACCCAAGUGCUACAUACUGAAGUAGAUGAUGUUGAUACUGCUGUGUAUCAUAGUUUUGAGGAUGUGUUGAGGAUGAUAUUGAUACAUAAUUACCGCGACCAAAUGGCUUUACUGAGUAGAAGAGGGGCGAAGAAGGAUGAUAUUGAUAAGAUUAGACAAAGGAUGAGUAGGAUGGGCUACAGUAGACCACAGGACGGUACUGAAGGUUUUGAAAACUUUGGUACUAACGGUGGUACUAUUGGUGCUAAGAUGGAUUACAAAAAUGAUGACAAUUCGGUACAGUAUGAUUCUCAAUCAAGCUUACUGUAUAGUCAUCAUGGUCAUCAAAGUAACUUUAGUGAUUCGUUACAGUAUGACAAUGGUUACAGUAAUGAAAAAGGUCCGCUACAAUAUAAAAAUGACUACAGUAAUGAUAAAAAAAAGCUACAGUAUCAAAAUAGUUACAUUAAUGAUAAAAGCUCAAUACAGUAUAAAGAUGAUUACAGUAACUCAAAAAGCUCACUACAGUACAGAAAAAACUACAGUAGUACCAACCACUCCAAAACCGACUACAUACCCCAACUAGAGGCCGACGAAAUCGACCAGUUGAUAAAAAUCCUCCAAUUCUUUGAUGACAUAUCGACCGACAAAGAACGUUACCUACCUCCAUUAUCCGAAAGCACUGUAGAACAGUGGAGAACAGCAAUGUAUUCUGAGGUCAAUGUGGUAAGCGCACGACCUACAACUGAACUCAACCUUGGUGAUGACAAACUCAAGAUGAUAGUACCUCAAGAAGUGUACUUGAUACUAGACUAUGUGGCUAACAGUCUACCGUAUGUGUCGUUGUCUGAUAGGAGUUUGAUUGGCAUUAGUUUGAAACUGAAGCCUAGUGAGAUGGUCAAGGUCGAGAAUAGUACGUUCUACAGUACGAUACAGAGAGGUAAUCGAAGUAAAAUGAGUUUUGGUACUAAGGGCGGAGAACUGGCUAGUACUAUGAAUACCAAUCAGAUAGAUACACAUAGUAAUGGUAUAAAUCAUGUAAAAUACGAAAAGAAUAAUGCUUCCGACCCUAACAUUGCCCUACUUAGUACCAAAGAGCCAUAUGGUACUCUUCAAAAUCGAAUUCAAGCAAGCCUGGUCCGACUUGGUGGUAGGUCCAUAUCUCAUGCCAAUACCACAGUAAAAAGUCUAAACUAUAUGAGUGAUGUUUACCAUAGUAAUGUGCCUUCUACUAGUGCUAACAUACCUCAAUUUGAACCUCAGGCAAGUAGUUAUGACAAAGAUAUGAGCAAUAGUAAACAUAAUAUGGGUAAUAAUGAAAAUUUGGAACUUGUAAAUCAAGAUCAAAGCAAUAUAAAGCAUGAUGGAAGCUAUGAUGGUCAAGAAAAGUUAAAGCAUAAUGAAGAUAAGGGUAAUAUAAAUCAUGAGAAAGAUCAUGGUAAAAGUCCAAGCCAUAAUAACCAAGCUACAAGCUUUCAAAUACAACCUAUACCUACUAAUCAAGCCAAAUCCGGCCUAGAGAAAGAAUUGCUUCAAGAGAAGGAGUAUAUAGAGAAAAUUCGAAAGAGUACCAUGCUGAUAAAUGCUCAAAAAGCUAGUCUAUACUAUGAUGUAAAUGAAGAGAAACGAGUUGAAAUAUUGAACAAGAUAAGACAAUUGAAAAUGACCAAAAGUCCUGGGAUGAGGAGGAAAGUUGGGCCAAAUGGAGAUGGAAAUGACGUCAAUAGUGCUAUAAAGCUUGAUUAUAGUGUUACACAGCCUAGUAAUAGUACUAUGAAGCCUGGUUAUAGUACUGAACAUCUUAGUUAUAGUACUAUGCAGUUUGUACAGCCUGGUGAUAGUACAGCACAGCCUGGUUUUAGUACUACACACCCAAGUUAUAGUACCAUGCAGCCUAUUCAUAGUACUAUGAAACCAAAUUUUAGUACCAAAAAGCCUAUUUAUGGUACUAUGCAACAUAUUCAUAGUACCACACAGCCUAAUUAUAGUACUGUAACGCCAGAUCAGGAUACUAAACAUAACAUAAGUAGAAGUCAUCAUGAAGAACCAUUAGACUUAUCAGAUGAAUUGAAAGCUAUUAGUGCUAGGUUAAGUAGCCUAAAACAGAAAUGGAGCCAAUCGCCGGAAGAUAUUGUUAAGCAGUCCUUGAAUCAGAACUUGAAUUUUGAUGUCAAUUUCAAUGUGAGGUCUCAAUUCAAUGACAAUUUGAAAAUGAAGUCACAAUUUGAUGAAAAUUCAAAACUGAGGCCAAGAUCUGGCCACACUAGUACAAAUAAAUCAUUUACAUCACAACGACCCGCUACCUACAAAAAUAUCCAAAUUCAUAACGUAAACUCAAAGCUAUAUGUAAAAGAUCAUGAAGAUAACGAAGACUUAAGCUCAGGCAUCUCAAGCAGUUCGAUAUCACCAAGGCUGAGCGAUCGAAAGAAGGUGAGGAAGACUCGGCGUGUUUUGGAAACUGAACGUGAAAGAAUGUUAGAAAGGCAGAGGAUGGAACAAGAAGCUGAAGCUAAUAGCAAAAGUAAUAAUGAUGGGCUUAGUAAUGAUAGUGAUUCUAACACUGAUAGUGGACUGAAGAGUUCUGGUGAGGUAAAGAACGGGGCACAGAAGGGUACAGAAAAGAAGGAUAGGCUACAGGAUGCUACAAAACAUGACGGUGGACGUUAUGGCAAAGGUCAAACACAGUAUAGCUAUGACAAUGAUAAGAACAUAGAGAAGGUCGAGAGGAAGAACUACAGUGAUGAAAACAACUCAGAAAUCGAUAAUGAUGGCUUAAUUUACCCCAAUCCUCAACAUGUUUUAUAUAAAACUGGUAAAAAUGAUGAUGAUCGUACUAAUCAGCACUAUGAUAAUAAUCAGUGCUAUGAACAAAAUUAUGAUAGUACUAAUAACCUUAGCACUAAAAUUCUCACUGAAAGUAAAGAUACUGAAGACCGUACUAAUGAGUAUUAUGGUAUUAAUCAGUUUGAUGUUACUAAUCAGUACUACAAACAAAAUUAUGAUAUUACCAAAAAACUUAGUACUAAAAUCAACAGUAAAAGUAAAGAUACUGAAGACCGUACUAAUGAGUACUAUGAUACUAACCAGUAUAACAAUCAAAAUUACGUUAGUACUAAGAAUUAUUUACAAAGUGAGACUAAAGUUACUAAAGAUCGUACUAAGCAGCACCAUGAUACUAAGCAGCACCAUGGUAGUACUGAAAAUCACUUACAAAGUAAGACUAAAGCCACUGAAAACCGUAGUAAUCACUACCACUCUCAAAAUGAUGUUCAUACUACCCAACAUUAUAUACAACAUCAAAAAACACCUUAUAUUCACCAUGACCUUCAGAACUCAGAAGUCUCUAAUUCCCAACAUCAGCAUCAAUAUCCACCUUCUACUGACCUCAACUACCAAAACGAGUACUACGACAGCUCUACUACAGUACCAAAAAUGAACCUAAAUCUAAAUUCAGUAGACUACGUACCAGAAGCUAUACCAUCACCAACAACACCAGCCUCAAUCGGCCGACUUGAUCUGUCACUAUUAAGCGACCGACAAGAAGAAAAAAAGAAAAAAUCGACCGGUUGGACCGAAAUCAAAGUUCUCGACCGUACGCCAAAGCAUUUUGUCAAGAAGAAGGAAGUAGUACUGCCGGAUUGGGUCAAGUUGUUACCGUAUGAAGCUAAACCAACGUCUUCUAGGCUACUGUCGUUGGGUGGAGCUGCUGGUAAGAUUUUUUGAAUUGUAAAGCAAGUUCUUGCUAUUUUUAGUAUUGUAAAGAAAGUUCUUGGUCUUUUUAGUUUUGUAAAGGAAGUUCUUGCAGUUUUAAUUUUGUAAAGAAAGUUCUUGUCAUUUUUCAGUUUGUAAAGAAAGUUUUUGCAUUUUUUACUUUGAAAAUGAAAAUUUUCUUACUAUAUGUUGUCUGAAUGUCAAAAAACAUAAUUUUAUGUUUUUGACGAAAUGUCACUAUAAUUAUUGAUUUUUCAACGAAGUGUCACCUUCAUUUUUGGUUUUGUAAAGAAAGUCCUUGCCAUUUUAAACUCUUUCAACCAUAAUUCUUUUCAGAUUCAAAGGCCAAAAGUUCUCGUACCGGUCGUAAAUCGAAGAGUCCUUAUCUAAAUAUCAAGGAUGUUAUCCAUGACAGUGGUUACCUCGACUUUGAAACUGGAAGAAGACAAAAAGCUGUGGAGCCCAAACUUGAGGAUACAGUAGAAAAUCAAUCAGAAAGUGAAGAAUACGACCAAAACAACGUGUUUGACAUGACUGAAGAGCAAAUCAACCGGUUGAUAAAUUCAUAA